AUGUCAGAGGCCCUUGAACGCCAAUACCACUCCAACCAACUAAUGGCAUCUCAUUUCCCUAAGAGAUUAACAGCAUUGAUUGUAUCUGUGUUUGUUGCCUUGGCUGCUGGUACCCCUUACAUGUAUGGGGUCUACUCACCGCAAUUGAUAAAGCAUAUAGGCCUAACUGCCUCGGAUUCGGCAACGAUUUCAUUAGCUACUAAUAUUGGGUCUGGGGUUGGCGGAUUGCCAGGAGGACUUCUUAUUGACCACUUUGGCCCCCAGGUCAGUAUAUUUGUUGGAUCAUUGUGCAUACUUACAGGGUAUUUUACCAUGUUUAAGAUUUACCAACAUCAGUAUAGCAACUUGUUUGUUAUAUGCAUUGCCAUGGCUCUUAUGGGAUUUGGAUCUAUCACAAGUUAUUUUGCCACCUUGAAAGCGUCUCAGGCCAAUUUUCCCAAACACAAGGGUGUUGCUGGCGCUUUACCAGUCAGCUGUUUUGGGUUUUCUGCAACCGUUUUUUCUAUAAUAUCGGCAUCGUUCUUUAAGGACAACACUGGUGGCCUUUUGCAGUUCUUAGCUUUCUUUUGCGGAUCAGUCACAUUAUUAGGCUCCUUUUUUGUCCAUGUUUAUGUUGGCGAUGAAGAGGAUGAACGAGAGAACAACCUUUUGACACCGAUUGAAGGGAAUGCGGCCCAACAGCAUUCAGCUUUAGAGGAAGAAGCUGCUUUGACAUCUGAUAUAGAGCCGCCUCCACAAUCUUUGACCAGAUCUGAUUCCUUAAAUGGGUCAUUUUCGUUUUGGGGAAUUGGGACCAGGACCCCAAGAUCAUCGAUAAGCUUACAAGAUUCCGAAGCCACUGAAGUAGCGCGAAGUUUGCUAGAGGUAGAACAAGCCAAUAAGCAACCGAAACCAAGGGCUAGUCCUAUUGAAACCAUAAAGCAUCGUCUUGUUGACAAAAUUUACUUGGUACAUUACUUUAUUGUAUCAAUAACCGCCGGAGUUGGUCAAGUCUACAUAUAUAGUGUAGGCUUUAUUGUUGCUGCACAAUACUAUUACAACAAAGAGCAUGAUGUGCAUCCAAAGUAUGACCUAGUGGCCAGGACUCUUCAGAUUGCGGUCCAUGACCCAGAUGCUGCUUCCAUACAAGCUCUACAGGUGUCAAUUUUGUCAAUCGCUUCCUUCUUAGGUCGUAUUUUUGCAGGUUUUGUUAGUGAUUACAUCCACAAAACAUGGCACAUUCAGAGGCUUUGGAUAGUACAGGCCACGUUAAUUGUCCUUUCAUUGGCCCAGUACAUUACAAUCUCAAAUACUGCGUCAUUCCAUUUGACUGCAGUAGCCUCGACCUUAACUGGGGCCUGCUAUGGACUCAUCUUUGGAACUUACCCAGCCGUCAUAGCUGAUUCGUAUGGCACCAAAACAUUUUCGACCAAUUGGGGCUUGAUCUGUACAGGGCCGCUUCUUACAUUGUAUGCCUUGAAUAAGUACUUUGGGUGGAUUUACGAUAGCCAAACAGAUGGCGAGACGGGAAUUUGCUAUCUUGGUAAUGAGUGCUACAAGGGAGCAUUCGAACUAAGUUUUAUCUUGUGUGGUAUUGCCUUUUUGGUAUCUGCUGGAUUGAUCUAUAGGCAAAGAAACAAAUAG